AGCCUUACAAAUAGAGACACUAAAUCUAAAUCUUGGGAUAGGGUUAUGGUGCUUUGAUAUUUAUUAAAUACAUCUAUUAGCAGAUUAGAGCUGCACUGCAGGUUCCAGCCAUUUCCCUUUUCUGGUUUCCAUUUCUUGAUGGUUGACUGGCUUUGUGAUGGGAAUGGAGUCUCAGCACUGCAAAAGCAGAUGACCCCAAAAUAAACUUUGCCCAAGGCUCACGACACUGUAGUGUUUCGAAGUAAAUUGAAAGCCAUGAACCGUAGCCCCGUUGGCCCUAUCAUGUGAUAACUAGGUAUUUAUGUAGUUUCAGAACUUGUGAUUAAAUGUUACAUGUUACAAGUGGCCAACGUGUCUAGGGGUAAAAAGUGAAGUAAAGAAAAGAAACACAAUAAAAAAAAAUCUGAGAUAAUACGCAAAGGAAGCUCUGAGGGCAUAUGCCAUGGAUGAGAUGUAACUGAAGACAUUUUUUGGACAUACAAUGGAGUUAUAAACGGAUAUACAUGCAGAUUCUAAUUAGAGAAUUGUGUUAAAAACAUUCUGAAGGCUCCUGCAUCACACUGAACUGUACCUCCACUCUCUAGAAUACACCAAGCACAACAAUAAAGUGAGUUCUACAGGCAAACACGGAGUGGAAUUCUUCUCAUAUCAGAAAAAUAUACACUAGUGGAAGUCAGCCCUGUUUGGUAAGAAUAAAAAUGAUUAUUAAUGCCAAAUACAAAUCUCCAGAGUGAAAGAGAGAGAAAGAAAGACAUGAUAGAGACAGAGGUAAAUGAACAAUCUUCUCCCAAUCUCCCAGAGUUACAUACCCUACCAUAGGAAAUGGUAUCACCCUGUGAAUACUAUAUGCACAUUGUGCAUGUACAGUGUGUGCUCCAGGUCAUACACAAGUGUGUGUAUCUUUAAAAUCAGCUACUUUUCCUCACUGCAGUCCAUCCCCAGGGCAGUAUGCAGCUUGAAUGCAGAAUCAUACAGUACUGAAUUUUUGCAGUGCAAACCUGCCAUCUUAUAAAGAAUCACAGGAGCACAACAAACUGACCAAAAGAGUGCAAGAAGGCAAGAGAGGGUAAGAGAGGGUAAGGUUGGAUAUUAAUGCACAAAUAAAUGCACCAAAAAAAAUCCACAGCUUGAGGCAAAAUGUGUCAGCAGUACAUAUGCACUUCCACUGAAGGACAAAAGGGGGAGUAAGAGCAUAAGCCUGUGCCUCAUCUGCUUGCUACAAUGCAGCGGAACAAAGAUUGAGCCAGAAACAGCAGCAGGAGAGAGAGAGGGAGGGAGGGAGUGUUGAGAGGGAUAAGAGAGAAUUUCAGGGAGAAUGAAAAUGCUGUUGCCGUGGGGAUGCACUUUUUCCUUGCCAGAACAAUCCUCCAACCGCUCGAGCCAGACGCCUGGGCAGCCAACAAGGGGAUGAGCUCUCCAAAACUGCUCUCAGCUAAGGACACUCGUCUCAGCUCCAUACAAUACAGAUACUUUCCAGAUCAAUGCAGCGUCAUAGCAGGGGAGGAGAAGGUCUCUCUCGCUCUCAUUCAAGAGAACAAGAGAGCACGCUUGAACACAACUGACAGCUUUCUGCAGUGCACAAGCCUUUAACGGAUUAUUACCGCUACCUACAAUCUGGUACCCUCUGUAUAACAUUUAUCGAGGAAUUCGACGGAUUGCAGUGAGAACAUGUGAAGAAGAGUGCAGCUGCCGCCAUAUGCGAAUGUAGAGCUACAUCAAGGGGGAAAAAAAUAACCUAAUGACUGCAGUGCAUGUCUCAGCCUUUUUAACUGGACUCUAUGCAGGCAAAUGGAUAAGCAGAUACAGGAGAACAUCAGCAACUGGAGAAAAAUAAGUGGGAAAAAAAUGCAGGGAAAACAAGAAGGAGAGAAGUGCAUUUGAAAAGACUGGAAUUUUGAUGUUUCUUGAUUUUACCUGCUUCUUCACCCCCUCCCUUGUUUUAGUGCAUGUAGGCAUUCACGAUGGAGAUUUAGAAGAGGCAUUUAGUAAUGGCAUCAAAUGACACUUUCCAAGGACAACCAUCUGCAGACAGUGUUAAGAAGCAAAGCGCAUGCGUCUGAGCAAAACUGGAAUGUUAUCGUAGCAUAAAGCUUUAUUGCUUCGUUUGUGGAUUUAUUCGUAACCAUUUUGUUGCUCAUCUUUUUUCGAUAAAAAAAAACUGGCAGAAGAUUUUUCCUUUGGAUUCAGGAAUAAAAACAUGCACCUAUGUGAUAAAAAUUGGACCAGUAAAUUCAACGAGCCUCCUCCCCUCCCCAAGACCAUGUUGAAAUAUGAUUGUGCCACAACAUGAGUGUCCUGGAGCGUGUAGCUGCACAUCGAGUCAGGAAAGCUACCCUGCUCUUUGUCAUCUUUCUCAUGGUGCAAGCACAUGUUGAGGUGGCAGAGGGUGCACUGGGGACUCAGGGUUGCCCCCCGACCUGCUCCUGCAGUAACCAGCUCAGCAAGGUGGUGUGUACCCGCCGUGGCCUCACUCAUGUGCCCCCUGGCAUUCCCACCAACACAAGACAUCUUAAUCUAAUGGAGAACGCCAUUGAGGCAGUGCAGGCUGACACUUUUCGCCAUCUCCAUCACCUGGAGGUGCUACAGUUAGGACGCAAUGCUAUCAGACAAAUUGAAGUGGGAGCUUUCAAUGGGCUGACCAACCUGAAUACGCUGGAGCUCUUUGAUAACCGACUGACUGUAGUGCCUAGUGGGGCCUUUGAAUAUCUGUCUAAGCUGAGGGAACUGUGGCUCAGAAACAACCCAAUUGAAAGCAUCCCAUCUUAUGCCUUUAAUCGAGUGCCCUCUCUCAUGCGACUGGACCUGGGGGAGCUGCGAAAGCUUGAGUACAUUUCUGAUGGGGCCUUUGAAGGUCUGGUCAACCUCAAGUACCUCAACUUGGGUAUGUGCAACAUCAAAGGGGAGAUUCCCAACUUAAACUCACUGCUAGUGCUAGAGGAGCUAGAGAUCUCGGAGAACUUUUACCCUGUGAUUAAACCCAGCUACUUCAGAGGACUGACUUCACUUAAAAAGCUUUGGAUCAUGAACUCUAAAAUAGGUUUAAUUGAACGUAAUGCAUUUGAUGGCCUGUCAUCACUGGUGGACCUAAACUUAGCCCAUAACAACCUGAGUUCUCUACCCUAUGACCUCUUUUCACCACUGAAAUACCUGAUGGAGCUGCACCUCCACCAUAAUCCCUGGAACUGCGACUGUGACUCACUGUGGCUAGCACGCUGGCUUAAUCAGUACAUUCGCACAAAUUUAACCUGUUGUGGCAGAUGCCAUUCACCAGCACACAUGAGAGGCCGUCAGCUGGUGGAUGUUGACAAAGGAGACACAGAUACAAUGCAGUGUUCUGCACCCUUCAUUUCUGAUGCUCCCAGAGACCUCAAUAUUUCGGCUGAUCGAGUAGCGGAAUUUCGAUGUCGGACAGCAUCCAUGUCAUCAGUACAGUGGUUUUUACCCAAUGGAACUAUACUGACACAUGCAACGAACCAUCUGCGCAUAACAGUGGUUAGUGAUGGGACUCUAAACUUCUCAAAUGUGCUGGUCAGUGACACAGGCACGUACACCUGCAUGGUGUCCAACGCAGCUGGAAAAUCCAAUGCGUCCGCUUAUUUAAAUGUGAGUGCAGCAGAACUCAACACAUCCAACCUCAGCUUCCACUUCACCACAGUAGAAGUUCUUGACCCAAUGAACAACAUGCCCAAACCUUGGACCACUACAGAAGCACAUCAAAGCACCACAACCACUACUUCACCUUCAGUGUUUCAACCAGUUUUUAUCUCAACACCAACCGUUGUCCUCAAAAGCACCAAUAUACCACCAAGCCGAAUGCCAGCCAUGUCCACAUCAAAAGUGUCGACAGGGAAGCCAUCCAAACCUGCUAGUACCAGUCUGGAUGAGGUGAUGAAGACUACCAAGAUCAUUAUCGGCUGCUUUCUGGCUGUAACUCUCCUGGCAGCAGUCAUGCUAAUUGUGUUCUAUAAACUGCGGAAGCGGCAUCAGCAAAGAAGCACAGUUUCAGCGGCGAGGAGCGUAGAGAUCAUUCCUGUAGAUAAAGAAGACCUACCACCACCUGCCUCUGCUGCUAGUAUGUCUGGGGAGGUCACAGUGAAACUCCCAAUGAAAAGAGACCAUAAAGACAUUCAGAAAUUAGACUACAUCCCCCACAAAUUAGACUACAGCUACCACACACCUGAACUUAAAUCCGAUUACGGCAUCCACAAACCCAAAUCUCACUUCGGCACCUGCAAAACCAAAUCAGACGACAUGACUGACGUUCUAAAGACAGACUACACUAAACACAUGUCCAAAUUUGAUUACAACACACUUGCACUAGUCGACUAUAGUUCCCACAAACCUUUUACAAACAGCCAACACAAGUCACUCCCUGAUUACCACAUACACAAAAAACAUGAGCAGACUGCAUACAAACCUGGAUAUAGCACUUAUAAGCCUGACUACAAAUCUCCAACAGUCAAACUGGACUUUAGCCCUUACAAAUCUGAUUACAAUAUUCACAAACACGAGAUGGACUACAGUAUGCACAAGCCUAAAUCAGAUUACUUUCCAAACAAACCUUCUAUCAACUACAGCCCCUUGAAAACGGAUUGCAGCCAUUUUAAACCAGACUACAGUGGAUUUAAGUCAGAAUACAGCCCGUUUAAACUAGAAUACUUUAGUCACAAGCAAGAAUUGAGCCCUCAAAAACCUGAAAUGGAUUACAGACCCAAUGAGAAAAAAUAUAACACUCAGAACUCAUACAAGCCUUGGGGACAUGCUAACAAAUGGACAGAAAACUGCCGCACUGGAAAUUCGCUCCCACGGACUUUACCCAGUGUCAGCACUAUGCCUGAGCCCUUCAUCAUAAAAUCACACAACAAGGACAAAGUACAAGAGACUCAAAUCUAACCCUCAUGGAAAACCACACACACACACACACACACACACACACACACACACACACACACACACACACACACACACACACACACACACA